AUGGUCCUUCUUACUUCAUCGACGGUCUCCGCCAUCGUGUCGUUCGGGGUAGUCUGUAUCUUCUCGUUGAUGUUAUUUUUGGCCGGAUACGUGGUACAACAACAAUCAGUGAAGAACAUUCAGCAUGCUCUGCGUCCACCUGUGUCUCGUCAUGGAGGAGGAUUCGGUUCCCAAGGGUCUACAUUCCAGAAUCCCGCUCAAAAACGCGGCUUAUCAGAUUCAGAUCUAAGUUCAGAUCCACGCCCAAGCUCAGGGGGAAAUUACGCCUAUCUGCAAUUGCUGUCAACCCCAGACCCGUCUGACAUCUGCUCGUCUAUCUCUUUCUUUAAGCAACUUGCAACGAAUGGCAGUGUCAUUCAGGAUCGAUUGUUCAUGUAUCCUGAAGAAUGGGAACGGAUGUCUGAGACACAACUUGGAAAGCCUGCUUCAACAGCCCUUUCUAUCCUGCGUAAUGCCAGUAUCAAAUAUGGCAUCUGGCUUCUCCCAAUUGAUAUGACCGCGGCAUCAUCAAAAGGCUAUUCAGCCACGGACACCAAGCUACUACGGCUAGGUCAAAUCCAGUUUAUGCAAUAUGACAGUGUUUUAUAUCUGCCCUCCCGUGGCAUAAUCUUGGACACAGAAAAGCUAGACGACAUCAUCUUGUCGCAGGCACUGCCCCUUGUCUAUGACAAAGACCGUCCUGAUUCUUACGAUAAUUUGGCAUGGACCCCGAUGACUCUUCGUCCCGACCGUGAUGCCGACUUGCCACCCGUCUAUCUGAUAACGGUGAAUAACAUUGGAAGCGGAAAUGUUCAAGCUCGGACGCAUGUGCCCAGUUCCAACCUGCCUAUGUUUCAAGCCCUUGUUCGGGGAUCUGGGAAAAUUAUUUCCCAAGAUGAAGAUGACCAUCGAGACGUAGCCGUUCAGCCGCCGGCUUAUGUGUACUUUGAAACCGACCAUCAAGAGAGUAUAAAGUUCAAAAAAAGCUCAUAUUAUCAGAAUUGGCGAUCACAGCGGGAUGAUGUCUGCGACGGAUUGAACUUUGAUGAUGAUUUUACUGUGACAAGCAAUGAUUGA